GGGCCGCGCCGAAGGACGGAGCGCAGCCCGAGCCCGCGACCCGCGAGCGCGACCCGGACAGAGCGCCCCGCUUCCGAGCGGAGGAGCUGCGGCUGACCAGCACCACGUUCGCGCUGACCGGGGACUCCGCGCACAACCAAGCCAUGGUCCACUGGUCCGGCCACAACAGCAGCGUGAUUCUCAUCCUGACGAAGCUCUAUGACUAUAACCUGGGGAGCAUCACCGAGAGCUCACUUUGGAGGUCAACCGAUUACGGGACAACUUAUGAGAAGCUGAAUGACAAAGUGGGUUUGAAGACAAUUUUGAGCUACCUCUAUGUGUGUCCUACCAAUAAGCGUAAGAUUAUGCUGCUCACAGACCCAGAGCUUGAGAGCAGCUUAUUGAUCAGCUCAGAUGAAGGGGCCACGUAUCAGAAGUACCGGCUGAGCUUUUACAUCCAGAGCUUGCUGUUCCACCCGAAGCAGGAAGACUGGAUUCUGGCGUACAGUCAAGACCAAAAGCUCUACAGCUCUGCUGAAUUUGGGAGAAGGUGGCAGCUUAUCCAGGAAGGAGUGGUACCAAACAGGUUCUACUGGUCUGUGAUGGGAUCGAACAAGGAGCCAGACCUCGUGCAUCUCGAGGCCAGAACUGUGGAUGGUCAUUCACAAUAUCUCACUUGCAGAAUGCAGAACUGCACCGACGCGAACAAGAACAAACCUUUCCCAGGCUACAUCGACCCAGACUCUCUGAUCGUCCAGGAUGACUAUGUGUUUGUCCAGCUGACAUCAGGAGGAAGACCACAUUAUUACGUGUCCUACCGAAGGAACGCGUUCGCCCAGAUGAAGCUUCCGAAGUACGCUUUGCCCAAGGACAUGCACGUUAUCAGCACAGACGAGAACCAGGUCUUUGCAGCUGUGCAAGAGUGGAACCAAAACGACACUUACAACCUCUAUAUCUCGGACACCCGCGGUGUGUAUUUCACCCUGGCCUUGGAGAACGUCCAGAGCAGCAGAGGCCCCGAGGGCAACGUCAUGAUCGACCUCUACGAGGUAGCAGGGAUAAAGGGAAUGUUCUUGGCGAACAAGAAGAUUGACAACCAAGUGAAGACUUUCAUCACGUACAACAAAGGCCGAGACUGGCGCUUGCUGCAGGCACCAGACACGGAUUUAAGGGGGGACCCCGUGCACUGUCUGCUGCCUUACUGCUCACUGCACCUUCACCUGAAAGUCUCUGAGAAUCCCUACACGUCAGGGAUCAUUGCCAGCAGAGACACAGCUCCAAGCAUCAUAGUUGCUUCAGGUAAUAUAGGUUCUGAAUUGUCGGACAAUGACAUCAGCAUGUUUGUCUCUUCAGAUGCAGGGAAUACUUGGAGGCAGAUCUUUGAGGAAGAGCACAGCAUUCUGUAUCUUGAUCAAGGUGGAGUCCUGGUUGCUAUGAAACACACAUCCCUCCCAAUACGACAUCUUUGGCUGAGUUUUGAUGAAGGAAGGUCUUGGAGCAAAUACAGUUUCACUUCCACUCCCCUGUUUGUGGACGGGGUCCUGGGCGAGCCCGGAGAAGAGACACUGAUCAUGACAGUGUUCGGACACUUCAGCCAUCGGUCUGAGUGGCAGCUGGUCAAAGUGGACUACAAGUCCAUCUUCGACAGACGGUGCGCCGAGGAGGACUACACACCUUGGCACUUGUACAACCAGGGGGAGGCGUGCAUCAUGGGAGCCAAAAGGAAAUACAAGAAGCGGAAAUCAGAGCGGAAGUGUAUGCAGGGGAAAUACGCGGGCGCCAUGGAAUCUGAACCCUGUGUCUGCACAGAGGCUGACUUUGACUGUGACUAUGGCUAUGAGCGGCACAGCAAUGGACAGUGCCUGCCAGCUUUUUGGUUCAAUCCAUCCUCUCUGUCAAAGGACUGCAGCGUGGGACAGAGCUACCUCAACAGCACUGGGUACAGAAAAGUGGUUUCCAACAACUGCACGGACGGAGUGAGAGAGCAGUACACCGCCAAACCGCAGAAGUGUCCGGGCAAGGCCCCUCGCGGGCUGCGGAUCGUCACUGCGGACGGGAAGCUGAUGGCGGAGCAAGGCCACAACGUCACCCUGCUCGUGCAGCUGGAAGAGGGUGACGUUCAGCGGACGCUCAUCCAAGUGGACUUUGGGGAUGGCAUCGCGGUGUCUUACGUCAACCUCAGCUCCAUGGAGGAUGGGAUCAAGCAUGUCUACCAGAACGUGGGCAUCUUCCGGGUGACCGUGCAAGUGGACAACAGUCUGGGGUCUGACAGCGCUGUCCUGUACUUACAUGUAACUUGUCCCCUGGAGCAUGUGCACCUCUCCCUCCCCUUCGUCACCACAAAGAAUAAAGAGGUCAACGCGACCGCAGUUCUGUGGCCCAGCCAAGUGGGCACCCUCACAUACGUGUGGUGGUACGGAAACAACACGGAGCCCCUGAUCACCUUGGAGGGAAGCAUAUCGUUCAAGUUCACUUCGGAGGGAAUGAAUACCAUCACAGUGCAGGUCUCUGCAGGGAAUGCCAUCCUGCAGGACACGAAGACCAUUGCAGUGUACGAGGAGUUCCGCUCUCUCCGCCUGUCCUUCUCGCCCAACCUGGAUGACUACAACCCAGACAUCCCUGAGUGGAGGAGGGACAUCGGCCGCGUCAUCAGGAAGGCCCUGGUACAGGCUACAGGGGUUCCAAGCCAGCACAUCCUGGUCGCCGUGCUGCCGGGCCUGCCCACUGCUGCGGAGCUCUUCGUUUUGCCCUACCAGGACCCAACAGGAGAAAACAGAAGGUCGCCUGAGGAUCUGGAGCAGAUUUCAGAAGCACUGAUCCACAAGCUCAACCAAAACUCAGUGCACUUUGAGCUGAAGCCUGGGGUCCAAGUCCUUGUCCAUGCGGCACACCUAACUGCAGCCCCGCUGGUGGAUCUCACACCAACCCACAGUGGGUCCGCCAUGCUGAUGCUGCUCUCGGUGGUGUUUGUGGGACUGGCUGUGUUCGUCAUCUACAAGUUCAAAAGGAAGAUCCCGGGAAUUAAUGUUUAUGCCCAGAUGCAGAAUGAGAAAGAACAAGAGAUGAUCAGUCCAGGCAGUCACACUGAAACCAGGGCCAGUGUCCCUCACACUGAACUAAGGAGGCCUGGCCAGCUUGUAGAUGAGAAGGUGGAGUCACAGCUCAUAGGAAGUAUUUCCAUAGUUGCUGAGAAUCAAAGCACAAAAGAAAUCCCUACCUAUGUAAAUGUUUGAAUGGAGGACGCCAGUAAAACAAACAAAACAAACAAACAAUAAAAAAAAAAAAAAAAAACCAAAAUCCAAACAAACAAACACUCACUGCAUCGGGACGUUUUAAUUCUUCCGACACAGACAACAAGGGUUUUUAGCUUUAAGCCUGUGCAUGUGGACACUAACUUAAGAACAUGUUCAGAGGGGUAGUGUACAGGUGCUCUAUUUUAAUGGAAAACACUCCCCUCUCCUUCUCUUCUCUUUUUUCUGAUCGGUCGUGUUUGUAGAAAAUUCAUAACAUAUAUAGGCCAAGGAAAUCUGCAUGCAUUUUUGGAAAUAUUCUUGGCUCUAGAUUUAACAGCUCUUUCAGCACUGCAGGCUGAUGGGUGGACUAGCCAUCUCAGGCCUUUUCAUAAGACAUGCACAGGAGUUUGAAACCCUGAGCUGUUUCUCUGUCCCGCCCUCCUCAGUGUCAGUUUCCCUUCUCAGUUAGCGUCGGCAGCCCUGUUGGUCAGCAGUGGCCGCGGGCUGCCCUCUCUCUCCAUUCUCUCUGGCCACAGGGACAAAGAUGCAAGUUGAAGAUCCAUGCAUGCAGGUGCAGCAGGGAGGGAAGGGAAGCAGGGAAACAGCAUGCCGGAAACGGACCGCUGUUUCCUGUUCAGCUUUUCUCCUCGCAGCUUUCUUUAUUUUCAUCCCAAAUGAUGUAGAAAAUGGCAUUUUCCUGGUAGGUCACGGUUGCUUUGCUUUCCCAUUGGUUUGCCUCUCGCGAGUGGCCGGGGUGCUUGCUGCAGCAGCACGUCUGCUAAAAUUGGAACCAUGUUGAUGUCUUUGAAUCUUUUCCCUCCCACCCCCAAGUUAUCCUUCAGGUGUUCCCACUUUUUCUUCCCAGACACGUUGCUAGAUUUUGAACAUUAAUGCUCACAUUUCCUAAGUACUGGCCUAGCUUCUGCCGACCCUGAUCCCACAAGUCUUCACCUCUGUCAGUUCUGUACACGGCCAAGCAUGCCAGACUCCCUGCACACCGACCAAACUGCACCCUGCCCUGCAGGGACCAUUCCAUGUACCCUUCUUCUCCUCCUCCAGAGCCGCCUUUGCCAAAUAUCCCUGCCUUUCCCCACCUGGAAACAUGCAAUGUGCGUGAAAGAGUUGAUACAUGCAAAGCAACCCAAACUGGGCUCUGUACUUUGGAAAAGAAAGCAUACGGAUACUGGCAGUGUUGUCACACAUUAACAGAAACUUUGCGCGGUCAGGCCAUGGGAGACUUGUGAGAUGUGUUUUGAAUGUAUAACAAUAUGCAGGAGGGUUUCUUCUGUGAUAGUUGCUGUUGGCCAAUAUUCCUCUCUUAUAGUAGAAUAAAAAUAUUUGUGAAAUAAAACUGAUUUUAACAGGAGAAGCAGGUGAACAGAGUUAAUGUUGGAGUGUCCAAAAAUCUGAGAAAAUAGGUCUUAUCGUACAUUAGGAUGAGAUUUUGAUUAUUUAGAGUGAUCCCAGUGAUUUCACUUGUGCUCUCUGAUCUCCGAGUGCCGUGGUGUCAGUAAAGGGAAAGAAAGUCAGUGUGAAUUGGAGGAAUUAGCUGACUACAGUAAAGUGAAAGAAAUGCUCACAAUCCUCAAAGUAUGAAGCAGCCCCAGUUUUCCAAGGACAAUCAUGAAAAAGGCCCAGAGAAAGAAGGAAAUAAAAACCUGUCUGCUACUGAAGCCCCUUCAGCGCCAUGCCUAGACAAAGCCCACUCUAAGGGCAGAAGAGAGUAGAUCUAUUAUACCAGUUAGAAAAACCUGCCUUCUUGGCUGUGUUUCCAAGGACACAACAGGGUGGAAAAGAGGCGCUAGUGAUGAUGAGGACUUCCAAAUGAUCCCGAUGAUCCAGACCUUUGUGUAGCUCAGGCAGGAGAAGUGUAGAAAAGCUACUGUCAGGAGUUAGUCAAGCAGAGUGUUUUAUGGUGGAGGAUGUCCCACCUCCGUCAGGGCAGUGGACUCUGCUUGGUGCGACGACCUCUUUGUAGAACAUCAUUGAUCCCCAGCCUGCCAGGCUUCCUAUCUUGUAGAGAACAUCCUCACCGAUGCUCUUUAAUCGGAGCCUCCCGAAUUUAAUCUGGAAGACAACAUGUUUAGAAAUCAAAACAGAUUUACAAAAGAGCACAGGGAGUCCUCUGAGUUGCAGUUCAAUUCAUUUUAAUUGGAAAAUUAUGAAAAGGGGAAUAACAUUCUGAAUCUAGCACAGUGCCUUGCCUGGACUAGUAUUAUGAAAAUAGCUUAUUAAUGACCUAAAUGAUUGAAAAGAUGUAAGGAAGAAGGGCUGUAUGUCCUAAUGUAAAGUAGAGGCAGACAUGAGAUGCCUGGUGUUUUGGAAAGCGACCAAAGGUGACCAGAUAUAGAUUCGGCAUCUCCAGUGUCCUCAUGUGCCUGUCCUCAAAGUUCCCUCGCAUUGUAGGUGACAGGUGAGGCAAGGUACUUACUGUGGAGAAGGAACCCCAUAGUUCCUGUACCCUUAACGAGGUUCUCAGAGUGUGGUACCAGGCCAGCAGUAUCAGCAUCACCUGCAAAUACUGGGUCUGUAUCCAGACCUACUAAGUCACUAUUGCUAGGUAACACUGGACCCAGUAAUCUACUUCAACAAAUCCUCCAGGUGAUUGGUGUGUGCUGAAGGUGAGAACCACCACGCUAUGCCAUUCCAACUCACUCCCAAAGAGAAAGAAAUGAGCACCUACAAACGGGAGGGACCCAAGUGCCUACCUACUCACUAACAGCAGGUGCAAACCCAACGAAGAGCUUGGUGGGCUUAGGGCCAGAGGAAGAUGCUGAGGGACGGAUGUAGAAGGUAUAUUCAGGGCAGGCUAAAAAUCUGAUACUGCAACAUUUUCUAAAGCGCCGGAAGGCAAACUGUGCAUGCUGUACCUGAACUACCCAACCAACGUUUCCUCCUUUGCCUUACUCCUAAUUGGAUUCCCUGUCCAAAAUGCAGAGGUUUGCUUUGCUUUUUUUUUUCAGAAGUUCCAAACAGCAACUUUGAGAGCAGUGGGGUGCUUGGCAUCCGUUCUGUGUUUUCCAGGAUUCCAACUGAGCAUUGAAAUCCUCAUUUGCCAACUUAUUUUUAUAGGAAGCCAAUUUAAAAACAAUGAAAGUUUUCUUAUAGUAUUGGAACUAAUUCUAAUUUUAAAAUGACUUUUUUGAUGUAUUUUUUGUUAAAUACUAUGUAGUGUAAUGUAUAAUUGCUCUUGUUUAUUGCUUUUACAAUCAUAUUUAUUAAACAGAUAAUGUCUCUAAA